UAACCUUAUUUUUGUAUAAUUUAUUUCAGAACUCUAACCUGCUGGUCAUACUUCACAACAAGAGGGUUAAAAAAAAUGUCUGAUAAAGUUAAACUGUUUGAGUCUGAUUCAUCAGGCGAAGAAAAUGAAAAAGAUUUAAAAAUAAACAAAGAGUAUGCAAACAGAUACGAUCAGUGGAGAGAAAAAGAACUUUUGCAGAGAUAUAAAAAUUUGCAGGAAGAAGUCAGUAGUUCAUCUACGGAGAGUGAUGAGGAAGAAGAAUCAGAAUUCGAUGAAAACUUUUUCAGAGUACUAAGCCUUUUAAAGGGUAAUGAUCCUAAAAUUUAUGAUGAGAACUUUGUUGCUUUCCAAGAUCCACCUCCUGAGUCGAAAACUAAAACAAAAAAAUCAAAGCCAGUUACUGUUAAGGAUUAUGAGAUGAAGAUUCUUCUUGAAAAAAAUGGAGAUAUUGGCCAAGAAGAAAGUCAGGAAAAAAAGAAGAAAUCUGAUGAAGCAGAAUUGGCGAAAUUGAAAAGUGUUAUUAUGGAUGAUGAUGACGAAGAUGAAGAAGAUUGUAUUAAAUCACUUGAACCGGUACAAAGCAGGAAACAGUAUGAUAAUGAUGAAGAAGGUGUGAUUAAAUUUCUUAAAGGCUGUGAUGCAGAAAUUCCAGAGGAUUCCAAAAAAGAUUUAUCCUACCUUCAAAAGUGUUGGAAUGAUCCAAAUUUGGAUGAAGGAGAGAAAUUUCUUAAAGACUUCUUUUUAAACAAAAGGUAUUUAGAAAAAGAUGAUGACUUUCAUGUUUUAGAAGAGCUUGAAAAAUUAAGUGAGGAUGAGAAGAUGGAAGAUGCGCAAGAGCAAUUCGAGCACAAGUAUAACUUUAGAUUUGAAGAACCUGAUCCUGAUUUUAUUAAAAGAUAUCCAAGGACUAUGGGUGAUUCUUUGAGACGAAAAGAUAGCAAACGUAAAGAGAAAAGAGAAGAGUAUGCCGAAAGGAAGCAAAGAGAGAAAGAGCAAAAAAGAGAAGAACUCAAGCGUUUGAAAGCUGUGAAGCGUAAGGAGAUUGAAGAUAAGUUUUUUAAAUUGCAGGAAAUCACUGGCAAAGAUAAUUUGAAUUUCGAUGAAGAUGAUAUUGAAAGUGAUUUUGAUCCAGAUAAGCAUGAUCAAAAAAUGAAAGAGCUUUUUGAUGAGGAAUAUUAUGCAGUGGAAGAAGAACAAAAACCAGUAUUUGAAUAUGAUGAAGAAAUCGAUGACGAAGACUGGAAUCAUUGGUCUAGGUCUGAAAAUCCAGACGUCAAAGAAGAAGUUGAUGAUGUUGAAACUGCUACCACAGCGGAAUGUUCUAAUGCUGAUGAUGAUGAACAUGAUAUUAAUGCCCGAGCUCUUUUUGUCAAAGAAAUGAUGGAAAAAUCCAAAGACAGAAAAAGAAAAGGAAGGAAAAAAUCUUUAUUUGCUAGAGUCUUAUCAGAUCCAAAACCUUUAUAUGAUCCUGAUGGUAAAUCUUUUGAUGAAUAUUUAGAGGAAUACUAUAAAUUGGACUGUGAAGAUGUAAUUGCUGACAUGCCUGUUCGAUUCAAAUAUCGCCGAGUAGUUCCAAAUGAUUUUGGACUCUCAGUUGAAGAAAUAUUAAAAGCUGAAGACAAAGAAUUGAAUCGCUGGUGCUCUAUUAAGAAAACUUGCCAAUACCGCCAAAAGGACGAAGAAAAAUAUGACGUGCAAGCAUUUAAGAAGAAAGCCCAAAUUCCUGCCUUGAAGCAAAAGAUUUUGACCAGUGUUUAUUCAGAACCUAUAAAAGAAGAUUCAGAAACUGAUGACAAGAGUGCCCAGACUUCUACUCAGAAGAAAAAGAGGCGAAAGAAAAAGAAAUCUAAAACUGUAAAUGUUGAAAGUGAAAUGGAACCAAACAUUCAUAGUAAUGAUAAAGAGGAACAUGUUCAAGACAGUCGUCAAAAUAUUGAAAGCCUUGUGGAGUCUCCAACUUCUAAAAAGAAGAAGCAUAGCACUAAUAAUAAUGAAGAAUUUUGCACUGCAAUCAAUGAAGAAAAAGAGGAGUCAGAUUUGACUUGCAAUAAAUCAAUGUCAGAUGACAAUAAUGAAAUCACCAAUUCCAAACGAAAACGAAAAAGGUCAAAGAAAAACAAGAAUGCGGAUUCAGAAACUGUUUCUGAAACACAUUCUUUUGAUGCUCAAACAAGAAAUAGUACUAAUUCAAAUACCAAAAAAAGAACUUUCAGUCAAAAUGCCCUAGAUAACGACGAAAGCAUGGAUAUUACUUUAGAUUCUCCUAAAUCAAAACUAAAUCUUAGUACCUUAGAACAUCCAUGUUCAUUACUUAAAUUUAUUUUUCGACCCAACUCUACCUUUUCGGUAAAAUACGAAUUUAGGUCUUUAGCUUGGCCCGAAAAUUUUAAAAAUCGUUAA